AUGUUCAUCAAAAACCUCAUCACAGCCGCGUCCGAAGCGGAAAGCCUAGCAAAGGAGGUCAGAAGAAACACAGAGUUCGAAAAUGAAGCCCAGCGCUCUCAGCUGGGCUUUGGCAUUUACACGAGCCCAAGCCCGGGCGAGUACCUUACCAACAUGCCCGGGCAAACCCUAUCAAGCAACAGGUACUGCGUGUUCUACAUGGACAAGGCGCUGUUCAAAGGCAUCUACAGCGCAUGGAUCUCAGAGACCUAUGAGGGCAGUCAGCUCUGGGAGACGCCGGAAGCGACGAUCGCGAAGUACGUGGCGGACGACUCGGGCGUGGACAAGGAGAACGCGCAGCAGACGCUCCGCCUGUCGCCCUUCAACAAUAAACCCCUCGAAGUUGCAGAUGCUGAUCCCGACCUUCCUCGCCAACAACCACGGCGGCCUCAUCACGGCGAAGUGCGCCGCGAAGGUGGACGACCUGCCAACUGA